AAAAAUGGUAACAUUUUGUUUAUCAUUAAAGUAGUCCUUUUUUGGUAUAAAUGAAAUGAUAUUUUUAAUUAAAAAAUAUGACUUCGGCAGUUAGCUCUCCAAAAAGAGUAGGAAAAAUUAAUAGUAAACUAAAUUUCCUAGAUGUUAUAGAAAAAAGAACAUUAGGUUUAAAGGUAUAUCAAACUGGAUAUGAUGAUACCAUUGCUUUAAAAUUGUAUAGCAGUUUUCAUCAAUAUGAAGUUAAUAAUACUGUGCAUGACCCCCAUGUUGGAGGAAUUUUCAAUCUGGAGUUUAGUUUGGACGGUAAACUGCUUGUAGCAGCAUGUCAGGGGCAGCAAGUUCUGUUAUUUGAUGCAGCUAAUCAAAAACUUAUUAAUACUGUUGAAAGUGCUCAUCAGAAAUGUGUUAAUUGUGUCAGAUUCCUAAAUGACAGGCAUUUUGCAACAUGCUCUGAUGACACGUCGAUUAAAAUUUGGGAUGUAAGAAGUACUAAGACUUGUAUAAAGACAUUACAUGGGCAUUCAAAUUGGGUGAAGAAUAUAGAAUGGUCCGAAAAGGAUGACGUUAUGGUGACUUCAGCAUUUGACGGUAGCAUUUAUGCGUGGAAUUUGAAAACUCAGACAGAAAACAAUAUGAUGUAUGAUAAAGUGUUCUUGAUGAAUGGCUUAAUGAGGAUGAAAUUGACUGACGAUGGUACAAAAAUGGUGAUUGCAACUACAAAUGGGUAUAUGAUAAUUAUACAUGAUUUGAACUUGAUGUCUUUAGCAACAGACUUAAGGUCUUUUAGACCCAACUUAUAUAGACUGAUGCAGAUAAGCGACCAAUGUUUCCCUGUGGGAACAAUAUAUAAUUAUUUAUUCUCUCCAAAUAGAUCAAGAAAUCGCAUUGAAUUUAUUGAUGAUUUUCCAAAUGAAGCAGAAGUUAUUAGUUCUCUUCAAAUACACCCUCACGGGUGGUGUGCAGUGUCCCGUAACAUAAACGGAGAUGAAAGCGAAGAGUGGACCACUAUACAUGAUAUCCAAGACCGAGACCCCAAGGACUACGAGGACGCUUUUACCUACAUAGAAGAAGAAGAACCUGACGAAUCUGAAGAAGCGGAAGAACCGCUCAAUCAGAGACCUACCGACCUAUGGAUGGGUUAUAUAUCUCUAGACGAAUACAGGAACCAUAGCAGAGACGGUAGUCGCAUGUCUCAGAAUAACUGGGAGAACUUCCAAUUGCCUGCCAUGGGGAUACUGAACAGCGGCCUUAUAGGCCUAAACUCGUCCUACAGCGCUUACUUUCGGCAACAUCCCGAGCAACGGAAUAAAGUGAUCAAGAACCUGCCGAGGAUGACUCACUUUAAAGAGGAAAAGACUGUGGGGAAAGGGUUUAUUAAGGAACUGUGUUUUUCUUCUGAUGGGAGGAUGGUAGCUUCGCCUUACGACAGGGGCGUGAGGUUGUUGGCGUUCAACGAAAAGUGCCAGGAGUUGUCCGUAUGCGUACCCGACCAUCCUCAGGAACUGAGGACUAUAGUCGAGUUGAAUGAUUAUCAUAAGGAUAUAGUGGUUUCGUGUAAGUUUAGUCCAACGCAUUAUCAGCUUGUGAGUGGGUGUUUGGGGAGUGAAAUUAAGUGGUAUCAGCCAGUGGUGUGAUAUUGUUAAUUGCAUAUAUUAUAUUAGUGUUUUCAGUAUUUUUACUGUAACAUGUCUUUUUGACUAAUUUAUUCUGAUGAGGCUGUCGAAAAAUUUUUAUUUGGCAAGUUAUUAAAUUAUGAAUCUCUCAA